UCACCUGCAAGGAUCUGUGGUACAGACAUAUAAAGAUAAGGACUAGUGCAUAAUCAGUUACCUUAUAAGCAGUUUUUAAGAUUGAGGAGUGCUCAUAAUAAGUAUGCAGGAUUGGAUAUUUAAGUGCAUUGUUAGGACGUAAAAUGGGCAAUAAAACAUGUAUCCAAUCUAGAGGAACUAAGGAGUAGCCCAAUUGAUUUAUAUGAACUUGUGUAUGGAUUUUAAAAUUUGCUCUUAAACCAUCGUAAAAUGGCAUUAUUGAUGAAGUUUAUAUUGGUUGUCAGGUCUGUUGAUUUGUAUUCAUUGAAAGUCGCCCUUCACGAGAUGUGAACAAACUGAAUGUAGCAGAGGAAUUAUAAGCACCAAAUAGGAAAAAUCGUUUGUCGGCAGUGCAUUACUUAUUCAUCACAAUUAGAAAUCACUUGAUCUUGAGAUUAUGUUUCAUUUUUGUCGAUGGUUUUGCUUCCUAACGGAUUUUAAUACAGGAUUUAGCUACAUAGAGUGGGAUUUGAUGUAAUUCAAUGAAGUUGGACUCAGAGAAAAUGAUAUCUCGGCCGAGAACGUCUCAGUCUGCGAGAUCCAGGAUUAAAGGACCUAUUUAUCAAGAGGAGGAUCCCAGUAAUUUCUGGGAGGUGGACUUAUCUUUUCGGCCCAUAGAUGUAUCUAUAUUUGGGAGGAAUCAGGGCUUCCGACACAAUUUUUCUUCCUAUGCUGAAUGGGAGAAAACGUAUGGGUACCAGUUAAGUAGCGGCAGUGGGAGCGAGAGUGACGACUCCGACUCGGACUUUGAUGACAAGAAAAAUGCUAUAGUGGUGGAUAAAGAGAGAUCAUAUCAUAUACGUGCAGGUGUUAAUUGUGAUAGCGGCAUUAAGAGUUGUGUAGACGGAAAUCUAAGUGACAAUAAACUACAGGAAGACCUUCUACGCACAACUCAGCUUGUCUACAGCUAUAAAGAUGGAAAAGGAAUGGUCCCAAAGCUUCGAGAACCUAGAAACUUGUAUGCUCUUGCCAAAGAACUUGGGCCCCAGCAGGCAGCUAGAUGGCCAGCAGAUAUUCAAGUCCUGGAUGAGAAAGUCAAACACAUAAGAUACCUGCCACCAGAACCUGAGUUAUUUUAUAAACCAACUGGUUGUGAGAAAACACCAAUGGUACGGGGAGAAGAAAAUGGAGGCCGCCUGGUGUUUAUGUAUGAACCCCGUUCCACAUUUUUUACAGAGAGUGUUUCCCAACCUUUGAAGUCACCUAGCCCAGGCCAAGAAGAGGAGUUUGUGAGGUCCCGUGUAGGAGGACUUCGCUCUGGACCUCAGAAGUGCAAUAUUGACCUCGAAUCUGAGGAGGAUGAAACUCUAAUAUUUGAAUCUCGGUUUGAAAGUGGAAAUCUUGCCAAAGCUGUUCAAGUUAAUUCCACUGAUUAUGAGUUGUGGUUGAGAUACGACCUCUACACAAACAAGCAUACACAAUGGUUCUACUUCAGGGUAUCUAACACUAGGGCCAACAAAACAUAUCGCUUCACCAUCGUCAACUUCAUGAAGUCUGAUAGUCUGUACAAUAAUGGAAUGAAACCAUUAAUAUACAGUGAGAAAAAUGCUCAACAAAAGAAGAUUGGAUGGGUGAGAGGUGGAAGUGACAUCAAGUACUAUAAAAAUAAUCUCAGUUUAUCUGGCACUAUCAACAGGUAUUCAACGUCUAAAUGUGACAAGUCUUUCUACUCUCUGACGUGGACUGUGAAGUUUGAACACAACCAUGACACUGUAUACUUUGCUCACUGCUUCCCAUACACCUAUACAGACCUCCAGGACUAUCUUCUGGACCUCAAUAAUGAUCCAGUGAAGAGUAAGAUCUGUAAACAGAGAGUUCUUUGUCGGACACUGGCGGGGAAUCUAGUCUACCUACUCAGUAUCACCUCCCCCACACAGAACCCAGAGGACAUGAAGCACAAGAAGGCUGUUGUGAUCACGUCCAGGGUACAUCCAGGGGAGUGUAACUCUAGCUGGAUGAUGAAGGGCUUCCUUGACUACCUGACAGGAAAUUCUGCUGAUGCGAAGCUGCUUCGUGAUACUUUUAUUUUUAAAAUUGUGCCAAUGUUGAACCCUGAUGGAGUGAUAGUGGGUAACUAUAGGUGCUCUCUAGCAGGGAGGGAUCUCAAUAGAAACUACAAAACGGUGCUCAAGGACUCCUACCCCUCAGUGUGGCAUACCAAAAACAUGAUCAGAAAGUUGUUGCAGGAAAGGGAGAUAAUUGUGUACUGUGAUUUACAUGGACACAGUAGAAAACAAAAUGUGUUUAUAUAUGGCUGUGAGAAUAGACACAAUGCAGAGAAAAGGCUGAAGGAGAGGGUGUUUCCACUCAUGCUCAACAAGAAUGCUCCUGACAAAUUCAAGUUUGAAUCCUGCAAGUUCAAAGUACAGAAAAGUAAGGAAGGCACAGGCAGAAUUGUCAUGUGGAACAUGGGCAUCAUGAACAGUUAUACAAUGGAGGCCACAUUUUGUGGAUCCACGAUGGGCAAAAAGAAAGGUUACCACUUCAGUAUGGCUGACUUUGAGGCAUUAGGAUACCAUUUCUGUGAUACAUUACUAGACUAUUGUGAUCCAGAUAACACUAAAACCUGCAAUAUUCUUCUUGAACUUGAGGAGCGCUUGAAAUGGGAGAUAAUGGUUAAACUCCAGAGAAUCUCAACAACAACUACGACAGACAUCAACGACAUCAACCUUAGUGACUACUCCUCAGAUGUAGAGUCAAGUGAUGGGGGAUCAGACAGUUCAGUAUCUGAUGGACCACCAGUCCAUCUACAAUUCAACGCCUCCAGACCAACUCGACCUCAUUCACGACCCUGUAUUCGGGUCAUGCCAUUUGAUUGGCAGCCUACUAAAAAGAAGAAAAAGUUGAAGACGAAGAAAGAGAGGGACCGUGUCAGAAGUCUAAAACAGGAGGAACCGCCAAAAAAGCCAGCCCAAGAUAGACCUGCAUCUGAUCCACAUGCUUGUGAGAAGAAACCACCUAUGUUGACAGGGCAUCAGCAAGCACAUGCAAAGCAGGAAAAGCUGACUUCACCUCCAACUGGUAUGAAGUAUACAUUAGCUGUAAAGAGGCCCAAAUCUAGUGAGGAACAUUCAACACAACCGAUAAUAAAUGAUGAGAAAUCGGAACAACGUGCUCGAAGGGCCUACACAACACUUUUCAAUCCUCGAGACCACAGUGACUAUCUCGAAGCUUUGACAAACGCGUAUCUCAGAAAUGGAUUGCUGGUUCAGGACCAAGCAGCUCCACAUUUCCGUUACUCGGGCAACAAGGUAUCUCCGACAAUUCCUUUUAAUCUGGACGGAUUGUGCCCUCACCAUGAGCAGACAUUUGCUGCUCAGUAUAUGGCACAGCAAAUACAAAACAUAAACAGUGGAGAUCCAGAUUGGUUGCUACAUGGGAUAAGAGGACGACCCAAAAUUCUCAAACCAUUCCGUCAAAAAAAUCAGGAUGAGAUAAUUGCAAAACUUUUAGGGAUGCCUGCAGUUGUAGGAAAUACCUUUGUAAAGGUUUGGAAAGACAGGAUACAUAAAUCUAGGAGAAGCAAUUUCCCGGAUGCCACAAUAGAUGAGAUUGUACGUUCUCAGAUCACCCACCAAGCCAGUAUCCCCCUCACCAGACAGCCAACUCAGAGACACAUCUUGGAGGUGUCUGCAGCACAACAAAGGCAGCAGGAUGUGCUACUUCAGGCACGUAAACAUGGAGACAAAUCAGGUAAUGCCAUUCGUCAACACCCUAACCCUUUUGAUGAACAAUAUAGUCAUGCAAAGAACAACAGACCUCGAGCACAUGUGCCUGAAACCUCUUUCAAUCAUUAUGAACUCCAAGAUGACACCAAAAGUCACCCUCCACCUGAAGAACAUGUACCACCACCACCCGAUAUGGACACCACCUCAGAAACCACUGCCAGAGAGGAGCCCGAGGAUGAAGAGGAACACAGAAAACAUGGUCAUAAAGGGAAACAUAAAGAAAAAGGAGGAAGAAAGAGCAGAAUGGGAAUGAGGGAGUCUGAUGAUGAUGCAUCUCAAACAAAAGAGGGUCCAGACUACAUACAGGACCCUCAUCAUCAUGGGGGACCUCGGGUCAAAUCGGCCAAAGGGGGCAAGGACUUGGACAGCAUGGUGGAGAGCAUUAAGGAAUUGCGACAAUCAUUGGCUAAUAAUGCCAUGCAGCAGAAUCUCAGUCCAACAACAGGUGGUUAUAUAAAAAGACUGAUGAGAGAGACCGGCGAGGAGAUUGAGGAACUGACCAAUGAAAUCCGACAUGACAUCGAGCAAGAACGUAGGUUGUCAAAGGACAAACAGAAAACAAAAGAUACUACUAGAAAGUUUCAAUCACUUGAUGAUUACAAAAUUAACAAUGAAAAUCGAAACUACAACAGCCAAGCUAUGUCCAUUGGUAAUAAAAGUAAGACUGUGUUAACCCGAGAACCUCCGGGCAAUACUUUUGAUGACAAGAGACCAUUUAAUGCCAGAUUCAAAUCCAGGAGUGUGACUAAUUAUCCGGUCAGUGAUAGGACAUAUGACAGAACUCAAAAGUGGAGAGAUCCAAAUCUUAUGAUCACAGGUGACACAUCAACGGUCAACUACAGCAAUACAUAUGUCACAAAUGUGAGAAAAUCCACCUCAGAAACUGCUUACACCAUCCCCGCUAGUAAUGCUAAUGAUACAGUGUAUAACAGCAAUGCAGGGGCUAGCUCACAUAGAAAUAGCUAUAUACCAAACACAACAUCCACUGCCACUCAAACUUCAUCAAAGAUAGAGAGGUCCUUCCCCAGGGUAGAGUUAUACCCAGGAACUGACCAUAUGCAUCCAAUUAGGGUAGCCGAUGCCAAUGGAUAUGCUAUUUAUAACACCAAAUCAAAAAGUGCAAAGGAUCUACGAGACGGAAUAACCAAUUUGGUCACUGGUAAAGAGGACCGCAAGUCCAAUGACAAAACAGAAAAAUACUUUGAGUUUGAAAUUACUGGAUUGAAUCUUUCUGCCAAAAAUCGUUCUCCUGGGAAGCAGCACCAAAAUCGAGUGAAGUCUGCCAAAUCGGGUCGCCAUUCAGUAGGUAAGCAGACCGUCACGCCGACCUCACUAACAGAGGCUGUGCCGACAAAAAUACAACUGAUGAUUACCCAAGACCAUCAAGAGGAGAAGGCGUAUGGGGGUCAGUUCCUCCCCCUCUCCCGGACCAUCCGGGCACCAUUCUACAGAAACAGCUCUGUACGGAAAUGAGGAGUAUGUGUGCUGAAUCAGAGAGAUUUCUGGUCUAAAGCUAUGCAGUUACCCAAAUAUGAUUUCUUCUCAGUGCUAUAUAUGAAUGGAUUUAUUCCAUUCAGGUUUCUUCAGUGCAAGAUUUAUUUAAAUUCAUGAAAAGUGUGGCAUGGGAGACUCAGAUAAUGUAGAGAAUGAACCAUAUAACACCAUGCCAUUAUAUUAAUAUAAAUAUUCAGACCUACCUCUAGAAGUAUAAACUGCUGAUCCAUUUCAACCAGGAGCUUGUAUAUAGAUCUGUAUGUAUGAAUGCGUUUGUCAAACUUUUAAGAGAGAUUCAUUUCUAUUGUGCCAAAUUGUGUAGAUAUAUUUAUUGAGAUUGAGAGUUCAUUUAGAGUUUAAUUGUGUGCAGAUUUUAGAUUUGAUCAGAUAUUACAAAUACAUAUAUCACCAGAUACAUGUAAAGUCAAAAUGUGAAAUAUGUGUACAAUGGAAGUAGAUUUUGUGUAAGAAAGAUUUACAUCAAAGGAAAAUGUAUUUUUUUUAGCUACAUAUAUAGAUAGGAUAUAAUUUACAGUACAUGUGCUAUUUACUAGAACAGGGUUAUUUUUUUAUAUCAGCAUAUGUUUGCCUGACAAAAAAAUGUGAAAUAUGUUUAAGUACAUUUGUGCAAGAAAGAUGUACAUCAAACAAAAACCUUGAAGUUCUUUUUUUUUAAUUUUUAGUUAACAACUAUAUAGGAUACAAUUUACAGUACUAUUUACUAGAACAGGGUUAUUUUUUAAAUAUCUGCAUAUGUUUGCCAGACAAAAAAUGUCUCUGAUUUUAUUCUAUAAUAUGUGCCAAGCUUUGUUGGGAAUAACUGUAUAAUGAUUUUUUACUGUUUAGGAAAACAGAGUACUAGUAAUUUGUAUUUUAAGGAUAUUACAGAGUAUUGAACUUCAGCAACUAUUUUAAAUGAGUGUCCAAUAUGCUGAUCACUUAAGUUUUGACUGUGCCUUUUUUUUAAGUCAGGCCAUUUUUUGUUUUAAAAUGUGAAAGUGAAUGCAUUGUUUAUUAAUGUAAUUGGUAUGAAAAUUCAAGCUAUAAAUGAUGUUAAAAAUUUA